AUGUUCAAAAUGGGCCCGUAUUCUGGUCUCGCUUCUUUACUACUGUUCAUAACCACUGCAUUUGGUUUGCCGGCGACAGAUUCCGGAAUUUUUCAGGUCCUUCAGCAGGCAAACCUGAACUUCACCAAGAACGCUGCAGCCAUCCAUUUCUCUGAUUUGGCAAAAUACAAUGUCACUCACAACUCAACGUACGCAGCUACCAUCGAAGCCGUGAAGCAGUCCGGAGGCACGCCGGCAAUUCCCCUGCUUUGGGAAAGCGAAUACGUGUGUCCUGUCGUAAUUGGAGGACAAACUGUUUACCUCGACUUUGACACAGGUUCAUCUGAUCUGUGGGUCCUCUCAACCUUGACAAAUGUCGAGGGCGUUGGUCACAAAGUUUAUGACCCGAAAUUGAGCACUUCUUCCAAGUUACUGCCUGGAGCAACAUGGGACAUAACGUAUGCCGAUGGUAGUGGAUCGGGCGGCAUCGUUUUCAAAGACCGUGUUGCGAUUGGAAGCAGCGUUGCUGUGGAUCAGGCCGUCGAGGUGCCUCUAGUUGUCUCGCCCCAGUUUGCCGCCAAUCCUUUCAACAGCGGUUUGCUAGGUCUGGCCUUUAGCACUAUAAACACAGUGUCUCCGAUCCACCAGUUGACUUACUUUGAGAAUAUCCUACCAACACUCAAAGAACCGUUGUUCACCGCGGAUCUUCGACAUGGGCGUCCAGGAACAUAUAACUUCGGUUUCAUUGACCCCGCUGCAUUCAAAGGGCCUAUUGCAUGGACCCCCGUCACAAAGCCGCAGGGAUAUUAUGCUUACUGGCAGCUCGAUGUUACUGGAUUUCAAGUUGGGCCUGAACCGUACCAUGAACAUAUUAUCAGUGGAAUUGCGGGUGAGUCAAACCUUCUGUAUCUUCCCCCUGGUAUUGUCCUUGAGUAUUAUUCCAAGGUAGUUGGUGCAUUCUUCGACUCAAGCAAUGCUGCAUGGGUAUUCCCUUGCACUUCCCAUUUGCCUGACUUUAUCUUCGGCAUCGGGGCCUACCGCGGAGUUGUCCCAGGGAACUACAUACUUUUUCAGCCCCUGGGUGACGACCUUUGUUACGGAGGUAUCCAGGUUGAUACCGGCCUCCCUUUCUCCAUUUUUGGGGAUAUCCUGCUCAAAGCACAGUUUGUGAUCUUCGAUCAUUCCGGUCCGCGCCUAGGAUUUGCGAACAAGCUGUGA